UGUCGCUCUCACACACUCCUCUGAGAUCAAGAAAUCAUCGCCGACGUGCUCUUUAUCAGAUCAAAAAACCGCGUCGGUGUUGGGAGACUUUUUGAGACCCUUGUGUGCGUGUGUGUGAGUCGAAAAGGACGCACAACAAAGGCGUCGCCGUGUAGCCUAUAGUUGGAUGGUUAUAAAUAUUACGUCCAUUUGCUGACAGGUGUGACACAUUGACGGGACGGUCCCAGACAAACCAACAUGAUCAAUCGCCGCCACCCUACAGCAGCACCAGUGUGUGGAUAACACUUCCCGAAGGACAGGAGCAAGGCAGGCAUGUGCUGAACAACCCCGGGUCCUCCGGUCCACCUGAAUGGACCUCAAGCUCCACAACCCCGGGUAUCGUACCCCGGGAACUCCUCCAAUCAGUGACCGCAUGCAACGCGGCUCACCCGCCUGCUCCCCGGCCAACUCACUCCUCGUCAACGGAGAAAACCAGAUCGACUUCUUCCGCAAGCUGGGCUACUCCGCGGCCCAGGUGCGCGCCGUCAUGAACAAGUUCGGCGCGGACACGGACCGGGUUCUGGGGGAGCUGGUGCGGACGGGGGCGAGCCCCGAGGCGCACGAAGAAGAGACGGUGCUGACCAGGACCUCCAGCCCCAGCAGCAGCAGCUGCGUGUCUGAGCCGGGGACCCGGAGGGGCAGCAGCAGGGAUCCAGAGGGCCCCGAGUUCCAGGAGGAGGGGGGAGAGAGCCUCGCCGAAGCGCUGAGGCCCAUCGUUAUCGACGGAAGCAACGUGGCCAUGAGCCACGGGAACAAGGAAGUGUUUUCCUGUCUGGGGAUUCAGUUGGCUGUCAACUUCUUCCUGGAACGAGGCCACUCGGACAUCAUCGUCUUCGUGCCGUCGUGGAGGAAGGAGCCAUCGCGCCCAGAUGUCCCUAUCUCAGACCAGCACAUCCUGCGCGACCUGGAGAAGAAGAAGAUCGUGGUGUUCACGCCGUCCCGCCGCGUGGCGGGGAAGCGCGUGGUGUGCUACGACGACCGCUUCAUCGUCAAGCUGGCGCACCAGUCGACGGGCGUCGUCGUGUCCAACGACACGUACCGCGACCUCCAGGGAGAGAACCCCGAGUGGAAGCGCUUCAUCGAGCAGAGCCUGCUCAUGUACUUCUUCGUCAACGACAAGUUCAUCGUUCCAGAUGACCCCCUGGGUCGCCACGGUCCCACCCUGGACAACUUUCUCCGGAAGGUUCCAAAGAUGGCCAAGAAACACCCCUGCCCGUAUGGGAGGAAGUGCACCUAUGGGAUCAAGUGUAAGUUCCUCCAUCCAGACAGAGGCCCCCAGUCCAACCUGGCCCUGGCCGAUGAACUGCGGGAGAGGGUCAAGUCCCCGUCGUCCCACCACAGACCCGGGUCCCUCGCCUCUGGGGGCUCUCUGGCCUCUGGGUCGUCCCAGUGCCUCUCCCUGGAGGAGGAGAUGGCUCAGAAGCUCUCCCUGCACCACCAGCCCAGCAGCGCCUCCAGGAAAGGCCCCAUGAGUGAAAACGUUGUGGUCAACGGAGGUGCCCCGAGCGGCAGAAGACAGCCCGCCAGGAAGGAGAAGGCGUGCCCGCCGCCUCCUGGUGACAGGGAGCCCCUGAGGUCCACUGGAUCCCAGGUACAGCUGGACUCCGGACUGGGCUCCAUAGAGAACCAGUCCCCCGACGUCUCCUGGGAACACGGGGGCUGGCGCUACGGGGAGGGCUACGGGCUUAGCCACCCGAAUCACAGCAUGGGGCCGCCCGCCGGUGCCCACACCCCAGACCCGAUGGCCUACGGCCCUCCCCGUUACCUCGGAUACGGUGGGACCCCGUAUCCGAGGAGCAUGCACGCGCACAGCCACCCGACGGACCUCCAGAACCGAAUGGCCUUCCAGCCCGCGGAGGCGCACUAUUGGUCGGAUCCGUACUCGCCGGCGGGUCCGUACGCCUUGCCUGGAGAGAGGCCCGCCCCCUGGGGCUACCACCAGCCCCCGGCGCCGCCCAGCCCGCCCGGUGGCGGGCGGGAGACGGUGAGGAAGAAGCUCCUGGCCAUCUUCAACAGCCGGCUGGUGGACCAGGCCAUGGAGAUGUACCCCCACGUGCUGGACCCCCAGGUGCUGGUGGCCGAGAUCAUCAUGCUGCAGGGCCAGGACCGGGCCAGGAGAUAGGGGUCUCAGGACUCGGGGGACCCUGGUCCUCAUGGGAUCCACAGGCCGUACGAGCCUCGGUUACAAAGCUGUCGAUUGCCGUCACUGUAUCGUGGCAAAAUGUGUUAUGUAUUAGCACUGCACACCGGUUCCACUUGGAACAAAUUUAUGUUGUUAACUAUAUUAGAUAACAGGUUGUCCCCCGGGGAUCGAGGGCCAUAUGAGUCGACUGUUGAUGCAAAUUGUAUCUUUAAUUGGGGGCCGAGUGCCAAGUGGGUUUAGGAACUCCUUCGGGUUCAGGAGGAAGGAGGAAGUAUUCUGACAUUUGUAGGCAUGUUGCCCAAUCGAGGAACGUUUGAAAGGGUUGCCUUACCCUUUGACCCAUUUUAAAUGUUUUGCGUUUGAUGGAUUAGCUAGUCAAGUUGAGUCCUCUUUAUUUGUAUAGCUAUGCUCCAAUGCCCCAUGGGACAUUGAAGCUGUUUGUGUUCACUGUGUAUGUAAGGGCCCUUGUCCUUGGAUUAUUUGUAAUGUUAAGUGUGGUAGCCUCCAGUUUCAACUUGGUACGUUUUGAGCUUAUUUAGUUUGUUGUACGCAUCGUGGCUGAACUCUGUGAACCCCUGGAAGACACGUGUCUUCAGACCUGCACAUUCUCACCCUUCCAUGUUCCCACAAGAGGCGUGUCUGUACAAGUAUGUUUUUUGCUGAACACACAAUCACACAAUCCCCCCCAAACACACACACACACCUUUAAAUAUUGUCUACUCCUAUGACUCUUCUUUUAUUCCAGUUGUGACAAACACCUCUUCUUGGGUUCCUACAUUCUGGUUUGGUCCUGUCAGCAUGUGACCGGGCCUUCCUUACUACUGCAGGCUUAUACAUUGUUUUUGUUUUUAUAACAUACUCAA